GUGGUAUUGAAAUUGAUGUCAAUUAUGGGUGACCCUGUGGCAGGUUUUCCAGAAAUAAUCGAACUGAAUAAAUUGCGGAGGUGGUACGAAUUACGGAUAAAUGAAAACAGGCAAAUUACGUUGAAAAUGAAACAAAACCUGAUGAAGCAGUCGAUAAGCGCAUGGAGUUCACCACGGCCCAAACUGACGUCCAUUAAAGUACCACAGAACCCAAUGCAAGGUGUGAACAAUGUUGGUGCAGUGAAAAUUACAUGGGAUAGAGUGAAUGAAAUGAAACGCAAA